AUGGAAUCGCAAUCAGGAGUCUCGAAACAUCGUAAAAUAGCCGUUGUGGGCGCUCGAAACGUGGGGAAAAGCUCGCUAACAGUUCAGUACGUUGAAUCACACUUCGUAGAGUCGUAUUAUCCAACUAUCGAAAACCAGUUUACCAAGCAGCUGGUACUAGGAAAGACCAAUUACACCUUAGAGAUCUGCGAUACAGCAGGCCAAGAUGAGUUUUCACUAGUUAACACAAAGUCGUUAAUCGGCGUCAAAGGAGUAGCAAUAGUGUAUAGCUGCGUGAACAGGGCUAGUUUCGAAAUCGUGGAGCUGAUACGAGACAAAAUCCUGGACCAGCUGGGGCUUGAGCACAUCCCCACUAUCAUAAUAGGGAACAAGAUCGAUUUGAGAGACGCGGCAAGUAACGGGGUGAUCACGAAGCAAGAAGGUAUGGCACUAGCCAAGAAACUGGAUGCUGGAUUUGUGGAGAGUAGUGCCAAAAUGAACGUGGGUGUAGAGGAGGCGGUGUUGCAAUUGCUGAAGAGAAUCGAAGGACUAGAUCAGGCUGGUGGAGCUGCGAGCGCCGGGUGUAAACUAAUGUGA